AUGCUUCAACAUCUGUGGCUACUGCUGGCACUGCGCUGCCUGGCAAUGGGUGCACUGCAUCCGCCGCAACCGGAGGCGAUGACACCGCUGGUGGCAGCUACGCUGCAAAUCCUGGCCGAGCAGGUUAGCCCCUCGCAGAGCACAUUGGCCGUGAUGGAUCUAACGCUGGAUGCUGGCCACCGGGAUCACCGGCAGGAGCAGCUAAUGAGCACCAUCCUCAGGACGAUGGGUUCAGAGAUGGCACUACGGACGUUCCAGAAACCACCCGAUGCCAUUCCCGCCAGCUAUGUGGUAGUUCUGGUCAAUUCCGCCCAGGCCUUCAAUACACUUAGUUUUCACUUUACGGAUGUCCAUUCCACGCGGGAAUUCAGCUUCCUCAUCCUGCUGACACGUCGCAUGUCCUCGCGAGCCGAGCGGCUGCAGGUGCUCAGGGAUAUAUCCGGGAGCUGCGUUCGAUUUUACACUGCUAAUGUGGUGAUGCUAACCGAGAAGCCGGAUGGAGUGGUGCUGGUCUACGGCUAUCGUAUGUUCAACAUGAACUGCGAUCUCAGUGUGAAUCUGGAGUUGAUCGACGUCUAUGAAAAUGGAUUGUUUCGGCAUGGCCACGAGGCCAGGUCCUUCAAUCGCGGCCUAAGUUUGUCCGGCUGUCCACUGCGUGUCAGUUGGUAUCCAUUGGCGCCGUUCGUCUACUUCAAUGGCAACGCCAGUGAUCCCGAGGAAAGGGCAGAGAUCGAGCGACUGAGUGGCAUCGAUGGUGAGCUGAUAAAGCUGCUGGCGCACAUCUUUCACUUUCGCAUUCUGCUCGAUGAGCCGUGCGACAAGUGCUUGUCGCUGGACAUCAAGGAUGAUUGCAGUGGCUGCUUCGACCAGGUGAUAUAUAGCAACUCAUCCAUACUGAUCGGCGCCAUGAGUGGUUCGCAUCAGCAUCGUUCGCACUUCUCCUUCACGAGCUCCUACCACCAAAGCUCCCUCGUCUUCAUCAUGCACAUGAGUUCGCAGUUUGGCGCUGUGGCCCAGUUGGUGGUGCCGUUUUCCCUCCCGGUUUGGCUGGCACUGGUGGCUUCCAGUUUGCUGUUGAUUCUGGUGAUCUGGUUGCGAAAUCGACUCGUUUGUCGGCAAAGCGAUUCGACUUGUCAUGGCCUACACGUGCUCACCACACUGAUGGGCAAUCCGCUGGAGGCCAGGAGCCUGCCGAGAAGUGGACGCAGUCGCAUCUUGUAUGCCGGCUGGUUGCUAUUGGUUCUCGUGCUGCGAGUCGUUUACCAGGGCAAGCUAUUCGACUCCUUUCGACUGCCCUACCAUAAGCCCCUGCCCACCGAAAUAUCGGAGUUAAUCCGCGCUAACUAUACGCUCAUCAAUCAGGAGUAUCUCGAUUAUUAUCCGCGCGAAUUGACUGUGCUCACCAGAAAUGGUUCCAAGGAUCGUUUCGAUUAUAUCCAGGGAGCGGGAAAGGAGGGCAAAUUCACGACUACCUCGCUGAUCGCCACCAUGGCGUCGUACAACAUGAUGCACUGGAGCACCAGUCGCUUGACCAACAUCAAGGAGCACAUCUUCCUCUACCAAAUGGUCAUCUAUUUGCGCCGCUAUUCGCUGCUAAAGUUCGCCUUCGAUCGCAAAAUCAAACAGCUCCUGUCCGCCGGCAUUAUAGGGUAUUUCGUGCGCGAAUUCGAUGCCAGCCAGUACAGGAAACCCUUCGAGGAGGACUACGAGGUGUCACCCAUUCCCCUGGACUCCUUCUGCGGUCUCUACUACGUCUCCGCCAUUUGGCUGUCCGCUGCAGUUUUGGCUUUCAUCCUGGAGCUUCUCAGUCAACGGAUAAACUGGCUAAGGAGGUUCUUUGAGUAG